AUGAUUUUAACAAAGUCUUCGGGGCCAAUAAAUCCAGAAGAGGUUUUGCAUCCCCCAUCUCUUUCUGAGAGUAAAUCAAGUUCUGAGCUAAAGACUGCAUACCCUAAAUCAGAUUCAACUCUAAGGCUAGAUAGAAUGGAUCAGAUCUCUGCAUUGGCCGACACGGAAGCUGCAUCUGAGGAUCAAGAAAACACCUCUAUAUCAAGGCAAAAUUUGGUCGUAGUUCUAUGGGAUGUCGAUAAUAAAAGAAUUUCUCCGUCUUAUGACGACGUGGUAACUUCGUUGAAGAAGUUCGCUGGGCAUUUCGGGGAGCUUAUUAAUAUAUUAGCUUUUGGUAGUCAUCUCACAUUCUCUGAAAUUGGUACAAAAUUGAUAGAAGCUGGCGUACACAUUGAACGCGUGGGUACGGCUCCCCAAGAAGCAGAUGCAGCUCUACGGCGCGCGUGGAAGAAGUGGAAGAUGACGCAGUUAGAGAAGGAGCCUCAUUCUUUUAUUUGGUUAAUUUUGGUCACGGACGAUGCAGGGUUUCGGUACAUGCUGAGGUCAGGCAAGAGAAGUGAAUUCGGAGUUGUGGUUGUGAACGAAUUUUUCACUAAACUGUCGUUGGAAGGUGAUUUGCGCAUGCCUUGGCCACAACUCAAAGCUGGAAACUAUAGUUUGGACGGCUUAGCCGACCAUAUCGUUGGCAUAUCGACCAUGGAUCCAAUUGACAAAGUCAUACUAAAGCUUAAAAUUCAACUGAAGGCAAAAAGCACCAUGAAACGGGAAUUGUUGUUGAGAACAAUGCAGAAACGGUCGAUAUUAGAACAGCGUCUGAAGCAUACAAGUGAGAAAGAUUUGCAAUCCUUGGAGAUUCUCGAGGAAGCACUACGGAAAUUGGAAGAUCCAUCUGGGCAUAAAACCAUGCGGGGAAUUGAUGGAAGUAUCUUGAAAUUGGAAACUGAAUUGAAGGCAAGAAUUGAAGCGAAGAAGACAAAAAGUUCAACUGACGAAGUAACGCCUUUGGGGGACAUGUCUGAUGAAGAAUUUCUGAGAAAUCUAAGUCAUACAGAUAUCGUGGAGGGAUUGAUGAGAUUAGCGAUCAACUCGAGUUCACCGGAGAUAGACUCAAAGGAAUGGGAGCGCACGAUUGAUGACAGGCCGGCUACAGAUAUAAUGGUCAACAAUGAUCCUGUGGACCCACCACCACAGCAGACCACGUCCAAGCUUGUCAACGAGGACGUCCAGUCCUACGGCUGUUCUAGAAAAAGUUGGGGUCAGCGUCGUGACGGAGUGGUUAACGUGAUUGACUAG